AUGUCAGCAUCAGCAGGACGUAUGGCUGGUAAGGUGGGCCAGGCCGCCGGCAAGAUUGCUUCGAAAGCCAACGAAGCCGGUAGUGGGAAAGGAAAAGACAGUGCGUUGCAAAAGGGAGCAAAAAGGGAUCCUGAACUAUACAUCCUUCUUACAAUCAUGACGGGUGCCUUUGGCAUGGCUGGUUAUCAUUUCGGACGCAAACCCACUUCAUCUUCCUCCGAAGCCCCGGUUAGCAUGGCCGAAGGGACGAUGCCUUGGCAAACCACUGCAAAAGGUGACGGCGCCGAUGAGCAUUUCAAAUACCAGUAUCAUCCGGGUGGAGACAGGAACAAGACGCCCAAGGACGCGCCAAGCGCACUACACAGCGUCAUUGUGCCCAACGUGACUAUGCCAAAGAAACUGCACGAUCAAUUUAACAAAUAUGGCAAAGAUGGAUUCUAG